AAGUGGCUGACAGCCAAUGACUGUACAACUGGCCCUUAGUAGUGUAGCGAUCUGGUAAAAAUUUUCUCUCAGAAUUUCAUUUUCUUAGUUACACCGAGAAGAUAAUAUGUAUUCUUUCUUAGCUGUUAUUUCUGUUAGUCGUUUAUUUCCACUCUGUUAGUCUGGCACAUAAACGAAGAGCGAUUGGCAUGCGCCCGAUCGGAUUAAUUCGACUCAGCUUGUAUAGCCUUAUUCCAUUUUGUCUGUGGGGAAUUUCUUCGUUUCUAGAUGCGACGUUCUUUCCCUGGUAGAGACAUCAGGUACACUAUGCACGCAUUCAAAAAUCAGCUUAUGAUUCGUUAAAAUAUCAACUUAGAAUGUAUUCAAAAAAUGUUCAAAGACCAAGUGAUGCGUUUCAAAAUCAUAUGAACCAUCGAUUUACCAACAUUCGCUGAAUGCUAGGCGCCUUUUUCAAGAAGACGAAUUUGGAGUCUCAUGAAAUUUCCGCCGGAGUAGUUACCCGAAUUCCCGAAUUGCCUCCCCCCCCCCCCCCCCACCCCGCUUUAGAUCCGGGCCUACAGGUACCCAAUCUGCGACAUACUCAACAUGUAGAUAUUAUACAUAAAUAUUCCAAAUCUAAAUCUAAAUGUUCUGCACUACAACGUCGAUUGUAAAUGUGGACUGUGGAAUCCGUAACAUCACGGAAGAGUGAUAACCACACAGAAAUAGUUUGCGCAACGAACUUUGUUAGCUGCCGUGGUGGAAACGAUAUGGUAUCAAAGUAUAUAUUUACACUUGACAAGUCGUCGAAGACCUUUGCAUCGCUGUUUGUGUAUGACAUGUGACAUUUGAGUGUGAUGGGAGUGUAAACAGCAAAUAAGAGAAAAUAUUUCGUCGUGUUAUAUAUCGUCGAAGUUACAAUCUGAUGGAAGUAAGCUGUAGGAAAAGUGAAUUAUUUUGUGUCCGUUGAUGCAGUGCUGGCAAAAACAUUACUUAAGUGAUUGAAGAUCACAAUGCAGUGUUCAUUGAUCAUAUUGGCCUGCUUUUCACUGUCAUUGCUGAAUGAGGCUGCAACUUCUAGAAUCUUCCAGAGAGGAAGACUCAGAGGUGGGCUUCUUGGAGAACCUAAUGUCAACUACUCAGAAACAUUGCCACCAGAUGAAUGGUUCAUUCAGCAGUUGGAUCAUUUCGAUCCCACAAAUAGAAGAACAUGGAAACAGAGAUAUUUCACAAAUGCAUCAUUUCAUCAGCCAGGGGGGCCAGUAUUCCUUAUGAUAGGUGGUGAAGGCAAAGCAAGUCCUUUGUGGAUGGUAACUGGUCAAUGGAUUACAUAUGCUAAACAAUACAAUGCCCUCUGUUUCCAAUUGGAGCAUCGAUAUUAUGGAAAAAGUCAUCCUACUCAGGAUCUGUCUGUAAAAAAUCUUGUAUAUCUAAGCAGUGAGCAGGCACUUGCUGAUAUUGCUUACUUUAUUGAGGGUAUGAACAAGAAGCAUAAUUUAACACUUGGAACAAAAUGGGUUGUUUUUGGUGGAUCAUAUCCGGGAUCAUUAGCUGCUUGGGCAAGAGCUAAAUAUCCUCAUCUAGUUCAUGCAGCUGUCUCUGCCAGUGGUCCCCUGCUUGCAAAAUCAGAUUUUGGAGAAUACUAUAGAGUUGUUAGCGAUGCCUUAGCUACCUCAAGUGCUGACUGUGUAUCAGCUGUGGAGCGUGCCACUGCACAAAUUUCUAUAAUGCUACAACAUAUGGUGGGGCAACAGACACUAAAAAAAAUGUUCAGAUUAUGUGAUCCAAUAAACCCUAAAAUAAAAAAUGACUUGUCAAACUUGUUUGAGUCAUUAGCAAGCAAUUUUGCUGGAGUUGUUCAGUACAAUAAAGACAAUCGUCAGUUUGAAGGUGCCAAAGCAACUAAUAUUACAAUUGAUGUUGUGUGCAAUAUCAUGGUAAAUGAUAGUAUAGGACAGCCUGUAUCCAGAUAUGCUGCUGUAAAUUCAUUACUGUUAGACGCAUAUGGCCAGGAGUGCCUUGAUUACAAGUACUCCAAAAUGAUUGAAGAAAUGAAAGCCAUUUCUUGGGAUAAUGAAACAGCAGAAGGAGGUCGUCAGUGGACAUAUCAAACAUGCACAGAGUUUGGAUUUUACCAGACAUCAAGCAAAGAACCAAAAUUAUUUGGAGAUAACUUCCCGGUCGAUUUCUUUAUUCAGCAAUGCUCAGAUAUCUUUGGGCCUAAGUAUAAUUCUGAUUUCCUAAAGGCUGUCACUUACCGUACUAAUACACUGUAUGGAGCCUUUGCGCUGCAGGCAACCCGUGUUGUGUAUGUACAUGGUUCAAUAGACCCUUGGCAUGCACUGGGAAUUACACACACUUUACUAUCAGAUUCUCCUGCCAUCUUUAUACAAGGAACUGCACAUUGUGCAAAUAUGUACCCCAGCGCCCCAAAUGAUCCUCCGCAGCUUAUAGCAGCAAGGAAGAAGGUUGGAAAUCUCAUAGGCAAGUGGCUGCUGCUGUAGGAUUGAGUCACUGGUCGAAGAACAUUUGGUAAAUGGCUUCUGGUUGUACAUAAUUCUUGUGGAGCAUCUGCAGUAAAAGUGAAUGCUUAGACUAUGGAUGAAAAAAAGCUUUUGUAAUUAUUUUGACAAACUUUUUUUCUUUUUUUUCUGGAGAAUUAGACAGCACAGAUUCUUGGAAUUCAUUGUCCAUUGCUUGCAUGCUCUCUGUUACUUGUCUGUGAAGACAGAGCUGUGAUAUUUUGAUAUUUGAAGUCAAUAAAUAAUCUACAUGUUCUUUUAAGCCAAAGAUAAUUUCCUCAGUUUCCACUAAUGGAAAGAAUGAUAUAAUAUACUAUGAAUCACUGAAAAAAAAAAAAAAAAAUGGUGUUAAACUACCAGAUGUAGGUUGUGACAGUGAUUUAUGUAUGUAUAUGGAUUCAUAUUAAAGUAAUAAGAAAAACUAUAA